AUGCGGGCUUGUGUUGAGUGUGGAGAAGCCUUGAAGUCCUGGAUGUCAACAGGUCACGAUCGUUCAGAACUCUUUGUCACAACUAAGGUUUGGACCACAGAUCUCUGUGACCCUGCAGCAGCGGUAAGGAGCGCGGAGAUCUCCAUUGAGGAGUUGGACCUAGGUGCCGUAGAUUUGGUCAUGGUGCAUUGGCCCAUGCCCGAGAAACACGUGGCGGCCUAUCUGGCCUUAGAAGACUUGGUUAAGAAAGGGAAGGCCAAGGGCCUUGGCAUCUCCAACUACAGCCCCGCUGACUACGAGGAGUUGAUGAAGGUGGCCUCCAUCGAACCGUUGGUGAAUACCUUCGAAAACAAUCCUCUGCUCUACCGCAAGGAGUGGUGUGACUACUUCCAGCAGAAGGGCGUGGUGGUUCAGGCCUACAAGCCUUUGCAGCGAGGAGGUCCCGUGUUGGACUCUCCCACUGUGAAGGGCAUCGCGGAGAAAGCGAAAAAGACACCAGCGCAAGUUUGCCUUCGGUGGAAUUUGGAGAAAGGAAAUGCUGUGGUAUUUAAAAGCCUCACUCCUUCACGUAUAGAGGAGAAUGUGCAGGUCUUUGACUUCUCCUUGUCCUCAGAGGACAUGGCCAAGUUGGAUGCCCUCACCACCCCAGAGGUGGUGCAGGAAGCUCAAGGUCAUUGGGAGCAACGCCGCAACGGCACCCCAGCGCCUUGGGGUCCUGGCUUGAGGCCACGGCGCGAGGAAGAACUUGCUGCUCGCUGAGCUCGAGAGAAGAGAUUGGUUGAAGAAA